UCUGCGCAAGCCUUCUCCUUGUGAAUCAUUUUGUUUGAGGAAAUCACUUGGAAGGCGAGCGUGGAUUCAGGCAACUACUUUUUCGUUCUACAGUAUGAGUACUGUACCCUCGUCAGGAGGACUGCCAGGAAUCGCCUGUAAUGACUCAGUUAAGUUACCUCAGUGGGCCACACAUCAACUGAAAAGUCCCAUCGUCACAAGUUUAAUUCCUGCUCUUUAUGUCCUUGUGUUUGUUAUUGGAUUCCCAACCAAUGCAUUGGCUCUUUGGACAAUGGCGGCAAAAAAGAAGAAACCUUCCACCAUAUGCCUGAUCAACCUGGCAGUCGCAGACCUUCUCCUGGUUCUGGUGCUCCCGUUCAAGAUCCACUACCGCCUCCAGGGCAACAACUGGGUCUUUGGCGAAGCCCUGUGCCGGACGAUGACGGCCUUCUUCUACGGGAACAUGUACUGCUCCAUCCUGCUCCUCACCUUCAUCAGCGUCGACCGAUACUUUGCGCUCGUCCAUCCGUUCUACUCCAGACGCUUUAGGGACAAUAGGUUCGCUGUUAUUGUUUGCGCUGUAAUUUGGGUGGUAGUUAUUUGCUUUGUUUUCCCUUUCUUCCUUCUUAAACAGAGCUUUCACAUCCAAACCGCAAACAUCAUCACCUGUCAUGAUGUGUAUCUAAAUAAAACAAAAGAUGUUUAUUUCUAUUACUGGCAGUCUGUGGUGAUAGUAGGGUUUAUAAUUCCAAGCUUCAUAACUGUACUUUGUUAUUGUCUUGUAAUCAGAACUUUACUGCUUAGUAAGAGAGAGUAUAGAAAGGCUGUAAUAAUCACAAUUUUAACCCUGACAAUGUAUCUUGUGUGUUUCAGUCCCAGUAAUAUAUCACUGCUACUGCACCAAUGGCUUCCUGAACUCUACAUCCAUUAUUUGUACCUGUUGCCCUUCAGUAGUUUUAAUAAUUGUGUUGACCCCAUUAUUUACUACUUCAUUUCUGAAGAAUGGAGGACCAAAGUAAAGGCAAUAUUCUGUUCCCAUAAACACGGAACCAAGAAUCGAAACUCGUACUCAAUCAGUGUACUCUGGUUGACUAGAAUGGUUUCCUCCAGAAGUUCCACAACAAAUCUAAGCAGUGAGUAGCUGAAUAACUCAAGGCCAAGAAGAUAGGACCUCAGUUCUGGAAUUGUAAAGGUCCACUUUUCCCACAGCAACAAUUUGCCUUAUUGUGUCUCUCACAACCAAAGAUCAAUUCAGCCAGAUCCCAUAUUUCAGCCCUUACAUAGUCAUACGGUUGCUUUUCAAAAGUGCAGCAAAUCACUGCCUCUCUCAUCAUCUCAACAGUAGGGUCCCAGGGCACCACGUCCUGCGUGAGCGGCUUUUCUACUUUCUCCAUGACAGAGGAGCUCAGCAAGUCAGCCACCUUCUCAUGGAAGGGAGUAACCAGUCGAUGUGUGGGGCUGAGAGCCUUCAUCGGGACUGGAAAGCGAGGGGUAAGAGCCGGAAUAAGAGGGAAGGGAGGGAGGAGUCACUACAAGUUGGUAGGUGAUGGGUGAGACCAGGUGAGGGGGAAGGUGGGUGGAUUGGGGGAGUGAAGUAAGAAGCUGGGAGGUGAUUGGUGAAAAAGGUAGUGGGCCGAAGAAGAAGGAAUCUGAUAGGAGAGGAGAGUGGACCAUGGGAGAAGAGUGAAAGGAGAAUUCAUAUUUUCAUUGAUUCAACUUUAAGACUGCCACCUGGUCACACAGAUUGCUGACCAAGCAAUUCCUCCGUAGCCUGGUAAGGAUAAUGGCCAUUCAGAACAUAAUAAUUAGUUGGGUGGGGGAAGACCAUCUGGACCUUUGAACUUGUUCCAUCUUUCAUCAAAUAAAGAUAAUAAUCGGUUUCAGUAACUGUGGCACUAGGGGUUUCCUUAAGGUUGAGAAGUGGAACAUCGAACGCAGAACAUUACAGCACAGCUUUCAGCCAUAAUGUUGUGCUAACCUUCCCCAAGAUCAAUCUAACCCUUUCCUCUACACCCCUUCAUUUUUCCAUCAUUCCUGUGCCUAUCUAAGAGUUUCUUGUAUGUCCCUAAUGGAGAGAGAAUUGGUUAACCAAUAGGAAGCAGAGAGUUGGGAUGCAUGGGUGCUACUCAGGUUGGCAUUCAGUGGUGAGCGGAGUGCCGCAGGGGUCGGUGCUGGGCCUGCAACUGUUCACGAAGUACAUUAACAAUCUGGAAGAGGGGACUGAGUGUAGUGUAUCUAAGUUUGCUGAUGACCCUAAAUUGAAUGGGAAAACAAAUUGUGCAGAAGAUACGGAGAGUCUGCAGAGAGAUAUAGAUAGGCUAAGUGAAUGGGCAAGGGCCUGGCAGAUGGAGUACAAUGUUGGUAAAUGUGAGGUCAUCCGCUUUGGAAGGAAAAGUAGAAGAUCAGAUUAUUAUUUAAAUUGUGGCAUGCUGCUGUGGCUUGUGCAUGAAUUGCAAAAGGAUGGUUUGCAGGUGCAACAGGCGAUCAAGAAGGGAAAUAGAAUGUUGGCCUUCAUUGCAGAGGGAUUGAAUUUAAGAGCAGGGAGGUUAUGUUGCAGCUGUGCAGGGUACUGGUGAGGUCACACCUGGAGUACUGUGUGCAAUUCUGGUCUCCUUUCUUGAGAAAGGAUAUAUUGGCUUUGGAGGCGGUGCAGAGGAGGUUCAUCAGCUUGAUUCCAGAGAUGAGGGGGUUAGACUAUGAGGAAAGAGUGAGUCACCUAGGACUGUACCCGCUGGAAUUCAGAAGGAUGAGAGGAGAUCUUAUAGAAACAUAUAAAAUUAUGAAAGGGAUAGUUAAGAUGGAGGCUGGAUAGUUGUUUCCACUAGUCGGAGAGACUAGAACUAAAAGCCAUAGACCCAAGAUUUGGGGGAGUAAAUAUGGAGAUGAGGAGGAACUGCUUUUCCCAGAGAGUGGUGAAUCUGUGGAAUUCUCUGCCCAAUGAAGCAGUGGAGGCUACCUCAGCAAAUAUAUUUAAGACAAGAUUGGAGAGAUUUUUGCAUAGUAGGGGAAUUAAGGGUUAUGGGGAUUGGGCAGGUAGGUGGAGAUGAGUUCAUGGUCAGAUCUGCCAUGAUCUUAUUGAAUGGCGGAGCAGGCUCCAGGGGCCAGAUGGCCGACUCCUGCUCAUGUUCUUAUGUUCUACCUCUACUACCACCCCUGGAAGCACAUUCCAUGCGCCCACCAUUCUCUGUGUACAAAUCUUACCUCUGACAACCCCUCUGUACUUUCCUCCAAUCAUCUUAAAAUCAUGCCCCCUUGUAUUGGCCAUUUCCACCCUGGGGAAAGUCUUUGGCUAACCACUUCAUCUAUGCUUCUUAUCAUCUUGUACAUCUCUAUCAAGUAAUCUCUCAUCCUCCCUUGCUCCUAAGUGGAAAAACCCCAGAUUACUCAACCUAUUUUCAUAAAACAUGCCCUCCAGUCCAGGCAGAAUCCUGGUAAAUCUCCUCUGUACCCUCUCUAAAGCUUCCACAUCCUUUCAUAGUGGGGCAAUCAGAAAGAUAUCUGUCUGAAGUCAUUGUCUGAGCCUCCAAAGCCCUCGGUGGUAGGGAAUUCCAAAGAUUCUUCCCUUGUGAAUGAAGACAUUUCUCUUUGUUGUUGAUGUAAUAUCAAGAAGUUCUCUUCAUCUGUGUCCCUUAUUCUGAGAGUAUUAUCCCAAGUUCUAGAAGCUCUAGCCAGAGGAAAUUUUCUCUCUGCACCCAUUCUGCUGAGAACCGUAUGAAUGGGUAAGCUACAUUGAAAUCCCAUUCUUCUAAACUGUGGAGACUAUAGGCUCCUCCACUCAGUCUCUCCUCAAAUAGACAAACACAUCCUUCCAGAAAUCAACCUGGUGAAGGCUUGUCGUGUUCCUUUAUUAUACAAGGAAAAGUAACCAACUGUAAUCCCAUCUUGGGAUAAUUGCAGUAAGUUAACCUUACUCUUGUAAUCAAAUCCUCUUAUAAUAAAGGCCAAAAUUUGCCAUCCUAAUUGCUUGUUGCAGAUUCAUGUACAAUGUCAGCUAGGUCUCCUUGAACAUCAUAUGUUCCCAGCUCUCAGCUUUACUGCGCUGUGCACUAAUAUAGACAAUCCCCUCUUUAUUCACAUCAUAAUUGCAUCCACUAUGAACUUGCCUUCUCACUUACCAUGACUCUAUCCUCUGAAAGCUCCCCCUUCCUACUCAUGAAUCCAUGUAAUUUGGAAUUAUAUAGAAAUUUGGAAACAGCACGUUUGGUCGUUUUGGUCGUUCUGGCCAAAUUGUUCAUAUUAAUUGUGAAUAGCAGUGAUUUGAGCCUGCCAGCCCAUGGAAGAGCCUUACUUCCUAUUCUGUGCUUCCUAUCUUUUAACGCAAUUCUCAAACUGCCAUUAGACUAUCCUCAAUCCUAUGUCAACAAUUCCUCUCCACCUGAAGAUCCUUCAGCAAAUUGUUCCAUUUUCCAGCGUUUCUCAUGUCUAACGUUGCUGGUUGGGAUUUUGUGAAAUGGACACAAAGUGUUUGUUUAUUCCUCUUCAUCUAUGAACAAAGACACUAAGUACAAUUUAUUUCCUCCAUCAUCCUUAUUCCCAAUUAUAAUUCCUCCUGUAUCUAACAGCCAUGUGCCCUUGCUUGUCUUUUCCUUGUUGCACACAUAUAAAACCUAAUACAAUCCCAUUUUAUGUGAAAGCAAUGAAAAUUGUCAAAGAAAUAAUUAAGGUAAAGGCUGAAUUAAUGUGCAAUUGUUAUUACCAAUUUCUUUUUAUUUUGUGAAACGACUCGAUGGGCGAAAUGGAAGGGCCUAUCUCUGCUCCUACAUCUUAUGCCUUAUAGCCUUUCACUUUCAAGAGACCAGAGUGAAAUGAUUUUACCAGCUUGAAAAUAUUCGAACAUGACAAACGCCAAAAACAAACUCCUGAAUUUCGCUAAAAAUAAAGAGCAGGAAAUUCAACGCCCUUUUUAAGAUGUUUAAUUCCUGAUCCAUAAGCGCCAUUCGGAACUGAUGCCAAAAUUUAUUCCUGUGUAUACCCGUAAGAAAACAGACCUCAGUCAUAUAUGGUGACAUAUAUGUACUUUGAUAAUAAGCUUACUUUGGACUUUGAAUUACUUGUAAACUGGUUUGAACGUGCUAAUAAUGCAGAAAGGUGAAUGGAGCAAAUGUGCCAGCAGAAUAUUUUUGGAUUGUUCGGCCUGUUUUUAAAAUGUGAAAUGUCAUAAAAUUCUGUGUGGCAGUGUCAACAGAGCAAGUUAAGCUUUUAGUGCUUUGUUAUUAUAUAGGAUAAUUUGCUUUAGAAUUGAAAUGCAGUCAUGCGAACUUUUUCCUUAUGUAUUUUAUUUAAAAUAUUUGCUUUAGAAUUGAAAUCAAUUCAUGUUAAUCAUUUCCUUCUGUAUUUGAUUAAAAAAAUCACAUACAGAGAAUUAUACUGAAACUGAACUAGAAUGUAGAAUUUCAUUUGGGAGUUGAACAAAAUGAUUGUUUUUUGGUGGACUAUUUCUUUCCUUGUUUGUUAGCUGUUUCUCUUUCAAUGAUAAUUAAUACAUGUAUUAUUCAGAAUGUAAUAAUAUUGUAUUUACUAUAUUUAGUAUUACUGUCAUUAAGACAUGCUGUUUUUUAAAAGCAGUUAAUAAACUUGUAAAAUUAGCCACA